UCCCCUUUGCUUCCGCUGCUCUACCCCCUCACCUUCACUCUCACUCUCUCCAAUUGGCCAAAUUCAAACCUUGCUCUGUUUCUCUCUCUCUAAAAUGGCUCUCUCUGUUUCAUCACUCUGCUUCUUCUUCUUCUUCUUCUUCUUUACCUCUGCUUCGCUUGGCCUCUCAGCCAGACCCACCAGUAACAGUUCCAACACUCACUCUCUUUCUUUGUCCUUCCCUCUUACUUCAGUUCCCCUCUCCACCAACGUCUCUGACAGGCUUUUCUCUGCUUCUGUCCUUGCAAAUGCCCGGCCAAACCCAAAACCCCCGGCGGCUUCGCCUUAUAACGUCAAGUCGUCGUUCAAGUACUCCAUGGCUCUGAUCGUCAAUCUUCCCAUAGGGACUCCUCCGCAGGCUCAGGAAAUGGUUCUGGACACCGGAAGCCAACUCUCUUGGAUUCAGUGUCACAAGAAGACGCCGGCGAAGCCUCCUCCGGCGUCCUCCUUCGACCCUUCUCUCUCAUCCACUUUCUCUGUCCUCCCCUGUAACCACCCUCUGUGUAAACCCAGAGUUCCAGAUUUUACCCUCCCCACCUCUUGCGACCAGAACCGCCUCUGCCACUACUCGUACUUUUACGCCGACGGCACCUACGCCGAGGGCAAUCUCGUCAGAGAGAAAUUCACCUUCACGCCUUCCUCUGUCAGCACCCCUCCUCUCAUCCUCGGUUGCGCCACCGAGAGCAGCGACUCCAAGGGUAUUUUGGGAAUGAACCUCGGCCGGCUCUCCUUCGCUUCCCAGGCCAAAGUCACCAAGUUCUCCUACUGCGUGCCGACCAGACAGACCCGACCCGGAUCUCUCCCGACCGGGUCCUUCAUCCUCGGAAACAACCCGAGUUCUGCCGGCUUCAAAUACGUGCCCCUCUUGACCUUCCGUGAAAGUCAACGCAUGCCGAACCUGGACCCCUUGGCCUUCACCCUGCCAAUGCAGGGCAUUCGAAUUGGAGCAAAAAGGCUGAACAUCCUUCCCGCUGUUUUCCGUCCGAACGCAGGCGGAUCGGGUCAGACCAUGAUCGACUCGGGAUCCGAGUUCACCUACCUGGUGGACGAGGCCUACAACAGAGUGCGGGAAGAAGUAGUGAGGCUCGCUGGUCCCAGGUUGAAGAAGGGCUACGUGUACGGCGGAGUUUCCGACAUGUGCUUCGACGGCGAGGCGAUGGAGAUCGGACGGUUGAUAGGUGACAUGGCGUUCGAGUUCGGGCAAGGCGUGGAGAUAGUGAUCCCGAAAGAGCAGAUUCUCGCUGACGUGGGCGGUGGGGUCAAGUGCGUCGGCAUCGGACGAUCAGACAGACUCGGUGCAGCCAGCAACAUUAUAGGGAACUUCCAUCAGCAAAAUCUAUGGGUAGAAUUCGAUCUGGCAAAUCGCAGAGUGGGGUUCGGUAAGGCCGACUGUAGCAGAGCAGCCAAGUAGAGCCCCAAACAAAAUAUCGUCGUGUAUAACCCGUAUAGAGUACAACUACAAACCAUAAUCCAGGUGUCACCAUAGGAGUGAUUACCGUACACGUGUCCGAUAGAUCUAGCACGGUCAGGAUCAGACGGUGGACGAGUGAGGGGCAAAAGAGGCAUAGGCGAUGCGAAGAGUAAACGUCAAUCGUUUUGGAUGUGGGGCUUGAUGUUUAGGUCUACUUCCAAUGUUUUAAAAAAGAGAGAAAAAAGGGGUAUGCAUGGAAGGUGGUAAUAAUCAUGUACACUAUCGAUGGGAGUGAGAGUGAUGUAUAUAUGAGGACUUAAAGUAAAUAUGAUAAUUAUAUAUGUUCAUGAA